ACCAUAUACAACAAUUUAGCAAAGCGCAGAUGACGAGAAAUUAGUCUUUUAAUCUGCCGGUUAGCCACGCCUACAAUUAUAGGGCUUUAGCGUCCCCAACAGGUGGAUGACGUCAGCGGUAGACUAGGCUCAUCCGUUUUACUAUUCAGCCCAUUGAGGGGGAAUUGUUCAGAACGAGGAAAACGAGACGAAGAGAGCUGCAAAAUGUCAUUGUUUCAGUCUCUCUACUCCCAAUAUUUUUACAGGAUAUUCUUUUUAUCCAAGUAUUUUCCCCAAAAGCUAUAUAAAUGGCUUGAGAAGGACCAGUCAGCCCGUCGAGGGGGAACUAUUCACAAUGAGGAAAACGAGACGAAGAGAGCGGCAAAAUGUCAUUGUUUCUGUCUCUUUACUUCAAUAUUUUUACAGGAUAUUCUUUUUACCCAAGUACUUUCCCCAAUUGCUAAAUAAAUGGCAUGGUCAUGACAAAUAACUUGUGCUAAAUGGAAUAUAAAAUAAUAAAAAUCCAUUUAUUCAAGACGACAUGGCAAAAUUACUCCAUAAUGGUCAAAACAGUCGACUUUACCUUUACUGUCACACCUGCCGAACGAUAUUUUAUGACACCUAAAUCGGACAUAUGUCAUUUCCCUUCCCCGGCUUCGGAGAAUGUAAACAGACCAGAAGGAGUGACAGCUAGCCGACAUGCUAACCCGAACCGAGGGAUGUUUCAAAGUCUUCGAAGUGGAAAAUCACACAUAACUAGCCUGGAUUAUUUGACAUGACGACCCGGUUGUCGAGUUUCUUUGCGGAUCGGCAAACCGCCCGGCGGAGAGCAAUUUACAGUUCGUUCCCUGGAGGAGGGUGGCUGGAAUUGUUGUGUAGCUAACGUGCUAACAGCUAACUGCUAAUGAGCGUGAGGAUAGCUUUUUACAUGCCUAUCAAUGAUCAAACAUUGUGCAUCAUUUCGCCUACGACCCCAAGAGAAAAAUUGCCUUUUGCAAAGAUGGUGAGCCGGUGUCGUUCUCCUUCCCUGGAGUGUUCCUGUGGGAAGACUUUUUGUCUGAGGAGGAGGAGAAGGAACUCAUAAGCAGCAUGGACCAGGACGUCUGGAACCUGUCCCAGUCAGGUCGAAAGAAACAGGACUUCGGGCCAAAAGUGAACUUCAAGAAAAGGAAAGUGCGUCUUGCAGGUUUCAGCGGACUUCCUGCUUUGAGUAAAAAACUAGUGCUGCGAAUGCAACAAGUAGAAAGUCUGGCAAGCUUCCAGCCUGUGGAGCAAUGCAAUCUUGACUACAAUCCUCAACGAGGCUCCGCCAUUGACCCUCACUUGGAUGACUCCUGGCUGUGGGGGGAGCGCCUCGUAACCGUCAACAUGCUGUCUGCCACCACGCUCAACAUGUCACUUGAGCGGGGUCUCCCCCAGCUCGGACUCUCGGGGGAAGUGAACGUCGCUGUGCCGCUGCCGCGCAGGUCUUUAGUGGUAUUGUACGGGGAGGCGCGGCAUCGGUGGAAACAUGGCAUUCUCCGGAAGGACAUUCAGGAGCGUAGAGUUUGUACCACGUACAGGGAACUGUCAGCAGAGUUCCUCCCCGGUGGACAGAGAGCUGAGCUGGGAGCUCAGCUACUAAAUAUUGCCGGGAGCUUCAAUGGAACCCCUAUUUAGACCCUCCAGAUCAUUUUGUGUGUCCCUGCUUUGUACAAACAUUUGCUUUUUAACUAAACAAUUGAUGUCUUUUUUUUGACAAAGUAACCCAAAAAAUAGAGUUUGGCUAAUUAAACUCAAUUUGUAAAUCUCCAUUCAAACAAUUGAGUUCGUAGUUGAGUUUGAGUGCCAUUAACAAUAAUAGGUGUUCAAACAUGUGACUUUUAUCAUUCUGAACUGGGAGGGUUGGCAGCGAAUUCAUUCAUUUGCCUUCCCUCCAAGUUCAAAUGGAUUGGAUGUCUAUCCCUGUCAAUGGUAGCCACUGAGGUAAGAAUUUGCUCACCUUUUUUUUUUUUUUUUUUUUAAAUCUCAAAAUGUCAUAAUUCCAUUAAGUAAUUGUAUUUUAAACAUUUGUCUGCAAUAAAUACAAAACCAAUGAAGGUUAGGUUAACUGAGCGUACCUUGACCAUUGGUGAACAGCGAGGUCGCUCUCGUGUUACACGAAUAAAUAGUUGCAAACUUGCAAUUAAAAAUGAUACAAUAUACUGUACAAUAUCUGGUGAUGGCGAAAGCAAUAUCCUGUGAUUCAUACAAAAAAUGGACACAUGAUGGCAGUAAAGGCAAAGAGGAACG